AUGGUGUAAGUUUGAGAACGGAGGGAGUGGAGAGCAAACAAUUUUCGACUGAUCUUGUUACCCAUGCAGUCGCAUUCUCAUUAAGUCGAUUAUUAAAAAGGCUAUACAAAGUCGUUUUGCGCUGUUUCCAGUUGCUUCUCCGUGUCAUCCAGCCAAAUGCGGGCUCAGGACAGCACAGAACGUCUUUGAAAGUUUGUCAACUGUCCCUAUGCGACGGAAGACUUGGAUGUUCCAGUAUGGUUUACACAGUCGUAGUUUUCACAACCGACAGGACAACGAGCCUGUGGCUCAGUGAUAAAGCGUUGGACUAAAUGAUUCUCAAUUACAAAAUGAUCCGGGCUCGUAUUCCAGAUAAUUCAGACCUAGGUUCGGUAAUGGCUAGCUGACGACGGCUAAUAAGCCAGAAGCAUCCAUCUGAGUUCCCCUUUUCUUUGUCGGUACUUCUUUUUGCAUGAUUUCUAAGUCUUGGGCCCCCCAAUGUCGGUUCUGUCAGCAAAUUUUACUUAGAACUUUAAAGUGUUACUAAGCACAGGGCCCUCACAGUGAAAUACCCUGCUGACCGACUGCUGUUUAUGCUUUUUUUCAGGUCUGGCGUCUGCGGAGGUCGGCCUGCUCGCAUUCGGGAUCAUUUUCAAUGCCCUGGCGUUGGCCAUGGUGUGUCAUUUGGCAGUCCUGUGGUGCAGGGCGCCCUACGACAGUGUCUUCAUGCGAAACUUCCGCCUUGUUGUGGGCAUCGUCUCAACAAUUUGCAGUAAUAACUACAUCUACCUCACAUGAAUUCCCCUGCAUAACUAUACUGCCUUUGCAGCCUGCCCAUAUUUCAUGAUUCGCGGACUGGACUUCCUGAAAUCGGCAGCGUUUCUCAAAUGUAGGGACAUUAGUCGUGCCAACCAAAAAUAUCCGAUAUCAAUAGGUUCAAGGCUCUAACUUAGAUGGAAAAUGUGAUACGUAGGUUUCGUGUGGUUGGUGUUCCGCAGUUGUCUCGGAAGAUUGUGCGGCUACUAGCAUUUAUAUAUAUAUAUAUAUUAUAGGUAUUAUACAGUACUCCCGACCUAGAUACUUGCUAAAAGCCCAGACACGUGUUUCGCCGAUAUUCUGCCGCUGCGUGGAUAUAGGCGAAAAUGCUGACCCCAGGUGUUGGGCUUGGAUAAGAUGGUAAGUUGAGCUCUGGGGGUGAUGAUUUAGUCAUCUGACGCUUACACUCAUACUCGAGCGCAUCAUCGGAGAUGGGAAAUGUGAGAACGACACGGUUUAAACAGGUCACCUCUCACCAAUCACCACUUACGCACCAGGGGAGGCCCAAUGGGGAUAGUAAUUGAUGGCCCUAUCAGGGGUGAGCGAGAGGGGCCUUUUUAAACCGUGCAGUUCUCAUAUUUCCUAUCUCCGGUGAUGCGCUCGAGGAUGAGUGUGAAACGUCAGAUGAAUAAAUCAGCAUCCCCAGAUCUCACCUUACCAUCUUCUUCAAUAUAUACAUAUAUAUCAGAUUUGAGACGGUGCGACUAUAGGGGACACCGUCGCGUAUUUCAACUAGAUAAUAGCAUUGUAAAACCCCAUCUCCUCUCAAAUGCGCAGAAACAUAUUUCAGGAAUCGAAGAAAGGAGAAUUCAUUCUUUGGAAAACCAUCCUGUUUGACUACCAGCUCAACUUCGAGCGGCAUUAAAGCCUUUGAACCAAACAGAAACGAAAUUUGUACAGCUAGUUAAUAGCUUUAAAAUCUUAUUAGGCGUAAUAUGUGGAAUACUACGAACGUAUUAAGUCUCAAGAGUUUAAAUAAAUACUUCAACGUAUUGGCCUUGAUGUAAUAAAGCUUUUAAUUCUGAAUCUUCACAUUCCACACGCAUCUCCUGUGAACCAAUGUCUCUCACUGACAAGGACAAAACUGAAAAACACUGUGUUUAUUCACCGUACAGGAUUCUGUGGCAAAUUUGGAGGCCGCCACUACUAGAAGAUAUUUUGUUGUAUACGAACUACAUUCUUUAGCUAUUUACUGAAUCUAGCUACUACUUCCUGUGAUGAUGGUUUGGGGGAUGAAUCCGAAACGUUAGGCUAGUUAACUUGUGACCUCUUCUUACCAAGGCUACCUUACUUUUUUAUAACUCCCGUCUUUAUUGUUUUUACCAACGUAGAGUGACUCAGUGACGAGACUUUGUGGUUAGUUCAUCCAUUCGCUAGAAACUAGUUUCGCUCUUUCAGGGCUGAGAUCAUUAUUUUUCGGAGUAAAUUGUUUCCUAACUUUUUGAGAGCUUCGACUAGGGAAUGACUGUCAAGUUCUCUAUAACUUCUCGUGUUUUAUUGUAGUCUUUGUGAUGUACAUUUUGUGAUCAGUCUUAUGCAGUGUUGACCGAAAGUCUCAAAUAGGUUUUCGGUUAGGAAGGACUACUUAAGUUAAAUCGUAAUAUUUAUUAUUGUGGGGCAUGAUCUCAAGAGAUCUUCGUCAUGUCGUGGCGUCCGCACAUGAAGUUAUUUAUUUUCAACCUCCUAAAGAAACGGAACUCAGUAGAAAUAACUGCCUUAGUAGUAAAAAUUUUCCCAUUGAUUUUGAAUUGUAAAUCGAAAUAUAUUUCAUAGAAAACAUGAAGAAAUUAUCUUUCUUGUUUUCGUCCAGGUUAAAACCACGCCUUGUUCAAAUUUUGCACUCGACGAAAUAAUAAAUCUACGUUUCAAACAAUUUUUCAACUCCCGAAUAAUUAAUAACCUUAUCUAAAGUUGCAUUUGCGUUCAUGUUUAUAAUCUACGAGUUGUGAUGAAAAACAUACAUACCUUUCUGUCCUUAAAAAGAUGCCACAUAUGGCGCAUAAAAUUUUAUGAUGGAUGUCGAUUAUCUUAUAUAUUUCAUAAGUGAUACUAAUAACGCACAGACACGGUAAUAUUUUUAUGGAUAUUUCGCGAUCUUGAAGAAUUUCAUAACAGCACACCUUUUUGAAAUCGAGGGAUGAACUUUCUUCGAGUGUAAAAUCUGAAGGACAUGGGGGUUUCUACUCAAUGAGUACGAGGUAGAAUGUUUUUGAACAUGCUUUCUAAAAAAUAUAUUUGAAUUAAUAAAGGCCCCCAAAACUCGAUGGAAAAAUUCAUGCUAAUCGGGUGAUCAAUCUUACCGAGUGCCGCUUAUGCAGGCGGCCUAGAAGAAGGGUAGUCAAAACCCGACUGCAUGAUAAUCAAAAUUGCAAGCCCACUUAAGUAAUCCUUCCUAAUCGAAAACGCAUUCCGUAAUUUCGGUUAAUAUUUCCCGGGUUUAGUCACUAACUGUAUACAAGCCGCAACACCUGUACACCAUGCAUGAUAGACCCGAAUACACUGAAGCCUUUCGAACUUUGAUGCUUAAAAGCCCCUAGCCCUAUAUUGUGCAAGUUAGGUUUGGCAGGAGUUAUAAUGCGCCGACAAUAUUUGUCGUUAUAUAUGUUUAAGUAAAAAAGUGAAUAUUAUCAUGUGAAACCCCAUUAACAAUUUGAAUUGGAGGGAUUCUGAGUUGCGCCACUCAAAACAUGGAUGUAUGCUUGAACGCAAAUUUAUAGUCUAGGCGGAACUUGGCAGUAUUUUCGCAUUUUGAUGGUCGUAUGGAGCGAGAGGGACGUCUUUAGUAAGACUGCUGUGGCAAGUGAUCGAACUUGUCCGGUUUUUGAAGUUGCUUUUAAAAGCCAAAAAACUGAUCGGUGUGAACAGGAAGACAGAGUAAUCCACGUAUUGGGUCAUAGUCGGUCACCCUGUUUUUACUUUGGAUAGCUAGCCACAAAGAUAAGGACGAUAGUCAAGCAGAAUAAGUGAACAAAGCCCAGCUACUAAGUCAAAAAAACGUGGUAAAACUUUGCUCAAUAGCUGUGUCGGCUGACUCGUACACGGCGGGACAUAGGAGUGUUCUAGCGAGGUCCCCAACACUCACUUACUGAGUCGAUGUUUCAAAAAAGGACAAUUAAUCCCUCACCUAUGGGAGGCAUCAUAGGAAUAUAUAUGUGUAUAUAUAACAGUCUGCCUCUUGUAUACGCUGUCCAUCUAAUUGAGGCAAUAACCUUUCAUAUUGAGAAUUUUUUUGUUAAAAUGCGAACAUUCGGUCAGAACACCACUAAUAAUAACUGCCACACGGUAAAAACCUGAUUUGUCUACUUUCAGCAAUACUAUACCUGGCAACCAUCGUUGUUUAUCAUCUGGAGCUCAACGUUGAAGUAAAACAAAUCCCGCAGGUAAGUUGAAAUACCCCAAAACCACGUAUAUGUUGGCAGCCGGGAAGAAACUGUCUAACCGGCGGCACCCACUUACUCCUUUUUAAGGAACCAAUACACUUUUGGUCAUCAGGAAGCAUUAUAAUGACCCAACUUGUGUGGAUGCUGUUAAGAUUACCUUCCACUCAUUAGGAGUAGGCUUAAAUAAGACGACUUUUCGGGUGUUCAGCCUUCAUAAUACUAACUGAGGUCAAUUAUAGAUAACGUUGCUUAGUGUGAGUUUUGACUACUUCAUACACGAAGUACGAGAAUAGAGACACUGAAUUAAGGGGGAGGCAUAGCUUACAGUUUAAUCCCGGACCCCAAUUUGAUUACUUUUCCUUCACUUUUCGACAGUAGUAUGAUGAUAAAAGUACAUCUUUGGAGGAAGCUCGCGAAUUAAAUGUUUCGGUGAGAAGUUGUACGAGUUUCUAUGCCAGCAUUCAAUUGAUCAAAGUGACGCGCAUGUCAUUUUAUGAGUAUAAAUGCUCUCAUUCGUUAAAGAUGAAAGUUUACACAAAAAGACCGAUUUUAUUAUCUACUCGUGGACCUUAUCUAUCAAUCAGUGUUUAAAUUUAAGUCAGGAAAACCCCUAAGACCCUUAAGGCUUCCAUAAUGAGAUGUUCAAGAAAAAAAAACAAUUUUUUACGCGAAGAACGUUCACCUAUCAGGUUACAGGACACGAUCUCUCGGCUGUGGCUUUGGGCCCAAUCUAGAGUCUACGCAGGCAGCUAUAUAGCGAACAGGAACGAUGCAGGAUGGAUUGGCAACAAAGAAAAAGGGAGACCGGAGUGUCCGUUUCGGGCUUGCCAACCGUCGUCCGCCAGCUCCAGGCUGAGUUCCGAAACGCCGCGGAACAAGCAUGUGCCGCAACCCGAUUGAUGAACGUAUUUCAACACAGGACAGCGGGUCACUGGCUAAGUGGCAGAGCAUUGGACCGACAGUGUAACGGUCGUGCCCGACGACUUCCACCGUGUGCUCCACGGCGAGGUGCAGCUAGCACGGUGACUUGCGCGUGAGCUAGCUUAUAGUGAGUGUGGAUUUCCGCCGCACCUCCCCCCCCCCUCUGGGCCCGGUGUCAAGACAGAGUCAAGAAGACCGGAGGCGGGGAGGGCACAAAUCGAUGGCGUGGUCGAGCCCGCACCUUGACAUUCCACUCCACACCGCCUGGUCUACACAACACUUGACCAGAACCUUAGCCAGCAACAGCACCCCGACAGGGGUCAGAAAGGCGAGGAUGACCGGGCAACCAUGCACACGCGACCUGUGUACCCAGCGGGAGCGCAAGCGCAUCCACCUGCAGGGAACCUGGUGUCAGAGAACUAUCAGUGUGCGCCAGGCUGCGAGGACCAUGUUUUGCUGAUCCUGGCGUAGUAGACGCUUGCGUACCUUUAAGAGCACUGGACUACAUAACGCUUAAGGAACCGAGAUAAAGAGAGUCCGCGUCCAAAUCCCAGAUUGAGUAGGGCUGACCAACAAGAACUAAUUAGCCAGAAAUGGCCGUACCGGUCUCCCUUGCCUUUGUUUGUACCGUUUCCUGAAACAAACAAAUGUCGCUUAAAAAUACUGACGCCACACUCAAAAUUCUCAAUUAAGACCAAGCCUUUCAGACGCCGUCUGCACUCCAUGGUCAUGUUGCUUGCUAUACUUUUGAUUGGGCAGAUUUGGACGAAGGUGAAAGUUGAUGCAUAAACAUGUCUAGUUCACAAGUGCAAGAAGGUUGAAAAUCCAGGACUCCAUGCGGUUUGUGCUGUUUCGCUUCCAAAUUUCGCUCUGAUGAAGUGGCUUCCGCGGUUAUGCUGCGCCUCAUUCUGUGAAGACUGGGAAAGUAGCAAAAUCUAAAACGGAAAAGGGUUACUCGAUGUUUCGGUUUAGAGGUAGGGUUAGUUUUAGGGUCUGGGUUAGUGUCAGGCUGAGAAUUGAGGUUAGGGUUAGGGUUUGUGUCAAGUUUAAGGGUUCCGGUUAGAGUUAGGGUUCAGAUUGCAGUUUGGGUUGGGGUUAAGGUUCGGGUUAGUGUUUGGGUUAGGGCUAAGGUUGGGGUUAGGAUUUGGGUCAGGUUUAAGGUUAGGCUUAGGGUUUGGGUUAGGGUUGGUGGUAGAUUUAAGGUAAGGUUUGGUUUUAAGUUUUAGGUUAGCGUCAGGUUUAUAAUUACGUUAAGGAUUAGGUUUACUUUUGAGGCCACAGUUAGGUCUACCGUUGGGUUUUGGGUGUCGCUGCCCCGCGUGUCCUGUCGACCAGGUCUUUUGUGGAGGUUCUAGGCUUCCUUCAAUCUUGCGGCAGAAUUGUGAUACGUCAGGUUGUUCUUUCCCGUUUCGGCUUCGGCUACUUUCUUCACUAACGAUUUCAGCAUCCCCCUUCGACUUGCUUUACUUUUGAUGCCUACACUGCGCUUGCACUUGGGACCAGGGCAGCGUAACCGACCCUUGCCAGAACAUCCUCUGAUUCCUUCGGUGCUCUUUCUGACCUCUGUAGCAUACCAACACACAUGAGAAUCCCUGUCAGUCCAGUACUUGAAGUCGCGCGAAAUUCUGAACUCACGCCUUUCUUCCUAGUUUAGAACGUGCUUGUGAUUUUGCUAUGCAUAAGUCAUUCUCAUCGUGCGUUUGUUGCCCGUGUGAGCCAGCUCACGCCGAAAUCCACUCAGUCAGUUUUAGUGUGCUCUUUUGUACGCAUUUCGGCUUUCAACAUUCCUGCCAUCCACAUCCGACCGCAGACCUCCUCGUUAGCCCUGUCUGACGGUCCAUUUUACGAUAUUUAAUAUGCCUGAAGCCGAAUGCAAAUCAAACGACGACUCCAUUGAUAGUUCGGACCGGAAGCUCGCCGAGGAGCGUGAUUGAUGCAUCCGCAGUUUCAUUUUAUUAAGGGAAAUAUAGGCGAGCGCCUUUGAACCCCCUAUUGGUUACAAGUCGUCGGAGAAAAAAAUUGAUAAGUGGGAAGGUGAAAAAGGGAUUUUGUACAUCAUCUCGGACAGCCGACAGUCGAAAAAGAGUAAUCGUUAACGGUUACUUACUAAUUACAAGUAGUAUAAACGUAUAUAAGUUGUGCCGUUAUGUGGGUGGGUGUGAGACUGGUAGUUGGGAUGCUUGAUACCCGUCAGGUCUACACUUAAAGGAAUUCACACAGGGGGAGAGUACAACAUCUGUAGGUAGGGCAUUCCACGCUGCAACCACUCUGUUACUGAAAAAGAACAUUCGUCCAUUGACCCUUCCUUUCCCUGUGCGUAUUUUUAGGGGAUGACCGCGCAAAGUGGGCGUGUUAGCUUGAGUGAAAUAAUCAGUGGGACCUAAACAGCAGGUUUACUAUGGGAAUAGAAACUAUACUCAACCUACACCAUCAUGGAACUUAAGUUGGAAAUGAGUCACGUCGACCUAAUCUUUGCGACGUUUGUCUACUUAUCGCGUAACUGAAUCAACAAUGAUACCCCUAAAGCAAGACGAAAUGCAGUAGUAAUAUAAUGGUUCCACCCUCAAACGAGGCAAGUUACCAAUUCGACUAUUUACUUGCUUCGACCCCAUAUCUCCUCUCUCUCUCUCGUUACAGUUCAGUAUAUUUAAGGGUAGUAGACAACACCAUGUAAGGCCCUUUUGAAAACUAACCUUUAGAUGUUCAAGUCUAAAAACAUGUUAUUAAAACGUUAUAAGUCAGAUAUACAUUUUAAAUAACAUUAUUUUUGGGGAUGUGCGACUGCAGCCCACAGUGAAAUACGAAGUGUCAGCCAACGGCACUAUCAGUAGGUAUUUGCAAUACGCUGGUUUGAUGCAACAGAACUUUCCCGUCCAUUUGGACAAUAUUUUUCAAACAAAUAUACAUCCAGACAACGUUUAAAUGUCUCUACUGAGUCCACCACUUUUGCUUCCUCGGGAGGUCCGUUGCAGACAUCGACAACUCGCAGAGAUAUUGAGCACCUGCAAACAUGCAGGUAGAAUCAAGCUCCUCUAAGUAUGAAGGAGUUCCCACCUAGGUUUGUCGUCGUAGCCGAUGCAAAGAAAUCGUCGAGGUGCAGGGCACAGUCCUUAUUAUUCACAGCCCGGUAGGUUUAUAUGAGAUCUCCUCAAGAGGAACUAGGUUAAGCGCAUCAAGCCUGUAUCUGUAAGGUAAAGUCCUUACACCCUUUUCGACGUUUGCUGCCUUCAUCUGAACUCUUUCCAGCAACUCGUAGCCUUUUUAGCUACGGGAGCCGCGCCUGGAUUCCGUAUUCCAGUUGCGAACGAUCAAACGCCCCGUAAACUUUAUAUAUAUCUAUCGGUGAGCGCCCCCUCACAUUAUAUAUAUAUAUAUAUAUGAGAGAGAGAGAGAGUCAUUUGAACGGUGAAGAGAACACCAUUUGCCCCUUUUGCCGUCCUAAAGCAUUGAUAGGAGAGCUUCGGAGAUGUCAGAAUGGUGAUUGCGAGGUAUUUUUUGCUCAGUCACAUUUGUCAGUCAUAAUUUCAUCAAGGAGGUAUUGAUCAUCAUCUCCAUUUGUUCUCGCCUUCUUCGUUUUGUACCGCAUUUUGACAUAUUUCUCAAAAUUAAACUUCACCAAUAACGUAGGCAAUUACGUUCUUCUUGAAGUGUUCAUUCAUCCGUUUUACGUUUGAUGGCUGGUCGUAUUUUGAUUUCGUCUGCAAACAUCACUCCUAGCGGUCAGGUUAAUUCGCGCAGUCAUCAACAUAAAUUACAAAACAGAUAAGCCCAUAUCGGUGUUUCUGAACCUGCAGAACUCCAGACAGUCGGUGACCCUGAUGUUUGGUUCUGGCUACAUUGUGGCCUGGUUUGCGGUCGCUACAAGCCUCAUCGCCGCCUGGUUGUUCAUUUCCUCCACCUGCUGCUGGGCCGUCGAUUUCGUCAACUGCCGUUCCGUUGCCGCUGCCUUUUAUCCACCCUGUUCCCAGCGCCCCUCGCCGUUUGGACCGAAUGGCACCCUGUAUCCAGCCGCCUACAGCAUGGACAGUCUUAGCAAAGUGAGCUAAAUUUUCCGCUCGAGCAUAGUUAUACCAAAUUACUUCAUCAGCCUUUUUGCUUCGCACACUGAUGUUGUUGUUGCUGUCGUCGUCGUCGUCGUCGUUUCAGUGGUCAUUCAUCGCUGUGAUGCUGACAAAGUAUUCGUCUGAAUUCGCGGCUUUUACUAGCGAACGGCAAUUCUCCAAGAGAGUUCCAAAAUCGACUGUUGCAUUUACCGGCCCCAGUUACAUUUGAAGGUUUUAUCUGGAAAAAAUUUCCAAUCUAACUUAGACGGUAUAUAGGUUCAUAGUACCGGUUGCCUACCCCGACAAGUGCUUGUCUACCCCCCUAUGUGGCGCUACCACAAGCCUUCAGUUCAUCGACGGGGCUCCAGAACCCCACACGUCGUCUCCAGUUUACAGUAGCGCUCUAAACUUUCAGCCGUCACUGUCGAAAUGUCAUGAAGCAAAGUAUUGUGACAUGUUUCGUUGUUCUUGACCAUGGUCUUUAUGCUAACCUCUGAGCUGCACACUACCAACUCCAAAUGCAUAGACGUCUUACCUAUAAAUCGGCAGAUCUAGCAGUAAGUGGCACAAGUAUACGUCAAGGGUAUACUGUACUUAGAAGUAGGGUGUAUUUUCAACACGCGGCCCGAACCCCGUCAGCUGGCCAGGACUUCGACAGGACGUAUUAACCAGUGGGUAAGAUCGUAUUAUACGUUGAUACUGUCGACGUACUUACUUGUUAUCAGUAGGCGUAUUUAUCUUGUCUAGGGAAUUUGGUAUCGGUAGGUGUGCUUCUACUGAGUGCACACCUGUUUGGCAUCCUCCUAAAUACCGGCCAAAAAAAGGUAUUUUGUGGAGUUGAAAACACUGUUGUGCGGUGUCCUCUACCAGUCGCAAUCAGCGAAGCGGAUCUAUUCACACCUCUAUUGUCUUCGAUGGACCCAAAAAAGGGCAGUAGGACUCCUCAAAGUAAUUACUUAGCGCAGAUGACAGACAAACACUAGCCAGAACGAAUGUUCUCGAAGACCUCACUUAGCCGUCUCUAUACAACGUAGUUGACCUGUUAGAUUCUGGCACAAAAUCGGCAGACUUGGCAACCUACCGCAAACACUUAGAGUCCAUUUGGACAUAUGAAACGACAAAAACGCAGGAUUAAGAUAGAGAGGAGAAGUGUAUAAAUGUCCAGUCGCCUCUCAGGUCCCUUUGCUGUCAAUGCACGUUAAGGGCCCCCCCUUUGGGGCGUCUUGCCAUUCGCAGAAACAAUAGUAUUAACGACAAUAACACGACAACCACUGCGUCGAGGAACAGCUUUCGCAGCUCUCCAAUCCGAUAGACCCUGUAGAAAACUAAUGAGUAAAUGUUAAAGUCCAAAAACAUGUUACUAAAACGUUGUCAGUAAGAUGUACAUUUUAAAUAACAUUAUUCAUGGGGAUAUGCGGCUGCAACCCACUGCAGUAGAGAAAACCGGCUUACCAAUCACCGCGUCCUUUGCGACCACAGAGGUUCUUAGGGAGCUUAAAACGACAGGUUAUUUCGCUCCGCCGUCCUUCAGAACUCCAAUUCUCUAUUUAUCUCGCGCGCCUCACUUUGACGUUAAUUCCAACGACCCGCAACCGUUUCUUUUUACACAACGGCAAUCCGGACAUCAACAGCCGUCUAAACGCCGCCUACCUCCCCAUAUGCCCCGCAAUCAAGGCCACCCACUCACCAUAAAAAGUACUCGGUCUCGUGGUAAAGGUUGGAGCUAGUUUCAGUUACAGUUUAUUUGAGGGAAACAUAGGUGAUUAAUAUCUGAACUCCCUAUUUGUUACAAGGAUGCGAAUUAUGACAAAAAUUUGAAAAUGGAAACAUCAAACAGCUACAGAAGUUUUUUUUAAAUUGACAAGGUUUUCGAAACCAGACAGAUAACGAAUUGUUUCAAGUGUUAAAAACAUUAACGUUACUAAAUGUGCUGUAAAGUGGUCUGUUUGUGGUUAAUUUGUGCUAUCUCAGUUUCUGAGAGAGACGAAUUGAAUGCCAACACUCACAUUCAGAGGACAUGGGGCAGUAAUAAAAAACAAACGUUACUGAAAUACAGGCAGUAAUAUGAUAACAUUAAUAAACUGUUGGGGAUUCUCUGCAUUCCGCUUACCGGCAGUGUUUAGAAAGGACGUGACCGGUCCUGUUCCCGUCUGACUUAGAAUAUCUCGAAGCGCAUCGCAUUACAGAUGUAGGAAAUGGCCGAACGUCAAGGUAACAGGGACAGAAUCACUAAAUGCAGUGUCUUAUACGAGUCACACACAGCACUAUUUUGCCCACAUUUUCAGUAGGUCGCUACUCAUCAACAAAUUCGCAAACAUACAUUGCUUCAAAUGGGACUUCCUCUUGAUCACAGCCUGACAUAGAAAUUGCUAACUCUAAUUGUGUUUAGUAGACUUUGUUGAAUUUACUCGAGAUAUGAAAGCUCGUGAAUACGCUGCUAUGAUAGAUCUCCGGACACAUAAAUAAAUCCAUUAUGGUCCUUUCCGACACUACUUAUAAACAUCGGGAUAUCGUGUUCAUCAUCUCCCGAAGAAGAAGAAGAAGACGAAGAAGAAGAUGGGGCAAAUUCAUGGACCAGAUUGUAUCCGGACGGACGUUUCGGAAACUUCCUCUUUUCCAUCAUCAGAGUAGCGUGCUUGUUGCUUCUCCGGUUUUGAGUUGUUCAGUCUAGCCUCUUGCCUCGUAUUAUAGCCGUGCUCGAUGCAAUAACUUUGACCUGCCCAUUUGCCGAUUACUGGCUUUUACCUCCCCGGGGCUGACCGCUGACGGGUUUGCGUGGCCUUUGCUCUUUUUUCGGUCGGUGUAAUUGUAGUCAAAUUAAUGUGCCUGAUGGUCUCUCCCACGUCGGCCAGUGGACUGAUCGGUCGUUGCUGUUCAUGUGAGUAGCAUUCAGCUUCGUGGGUGCAUCGGUGAGACAGUGUUCGGCUUUGGUCACAUGACCGCUGACCCCCAACUCCAUUCUUUUCCGUGAGCGUUGACUCUCGGUUCCGCGUGCUCGCUUGCCUUAUUGGUCCUGUCCGGACUGAACCAAGCCUUGUACGCAGCGCCGGGUAGGCGGAAUGUAUAUCUAUAGCUUAGUUGAGUGUGCCAGUCGAGGACCAACUUUCGAGCACCAGUUUGGCCAUCUUCUCAUUGGCUCGACCGAUUACCCUCGCUUUCUCAAAGGCAAAGUUGUAGUUCAGCUCUUGUACGUGGCCAGAGACCAAGGACAACUUGGCCUUGCGGUUGAUUGUAAGUUGGUGUUCGUGCAACCUUGUAUCGAGGCGUUUGCCCGUUUCGUCAUAAUACCUCGCACUGCAAUUUAGGCAUGGUAUGCUGUAGAUCACCGCUGCUUGUUGUGUUGUUGGUGGCGGGUCUUUGCGCUUCGUGAUUUACUGCCUGAUGGUGCAUUCUGGUCUAUAAGCCACGUCAAUCCCAAAAGGUCUCGGGAUUCUCGCCGCCGCCUCUGAUACGUUCUUUACAUAGGGUAUUGGGAGCCAGAACUUCAGCUUUUCUCCACGUCAGGAUAUAUAUAUAUAAGAUGCUACAAAAAUAGCAGUUCCACGGUCUCACUGGGUGAUCCCUUGCGCAAUUUUUGAUAAACAGAGUGGCAGCUCUUCUAAGAUGGUCGAAGCAUAAAAGGCUAUUGAGUACUGCCUAUCCUGAUAAGUUGCAGUCUCCUUAAACUCCGAUGCAGACUUCCGAGACUGAGUCAAUUAGCUUCCCCGAUGCACACACCCAGAGGCUCUAUCCUCUCCGAAUGCAGGAGAAAGAGCAAGGGUAUGGUCCACGGCCGGGGUUACUUACGCCGGAUAGCAAGUGGAAUAAAAGAAAAUAACAGACGAUACUUAUUUGUGUGUGCCAGAGAAAGAAAUAAAAAGAUCUCACGGUGGCCGUUGUGUGAGGGUGAUCAAGAUGUCUUAAAGUAGUCCCCGGAGUAAAAAUAAAACAGUGCAAUAACUCUUUUGACAAUGCCUGCAAAUGGGCAUUAAAUUCAUUUACUAUUAUCAUUAGGUGGUAAAAACAGUGUCCACUUGUAAUUGGUGACCAAAUGGAGGGUCGGGAUUUGUGAUGUCACUAGGUUCUUUGAUUUUCGGCUCUCUUGCUUCCCGGCCAUAAGCCAUACCUCUGCUCAGGAAACUGAUACUGUGCCAGGCCUGUUAAUUAAAGAUGCCAUUCAUUUCCCUUUCCCCCAAACACCUCACAUGAAAUUAAAGUUUUCUCGAUAACUCUUCGGUUUAAUAAGGAUGAAAUCUACACUGCUUUUUACUGUCGUCAUUCUGCUGAGAUAAUCAGUACUGCAACACUUCUUUCUGACUCACUCUGUCCUAGUGGUCAAUCCAAGAUCCUCCGACGCUCCCACGAUUCAAAACGGCUACCUACGGAGAUGGACAUGAGAUUCGGGAUCCAACUUCAACAACCGCUCCAGAAUAA